CGAUGAUUGAAUCUCUUGCGUGCAUGCAUGUUGCCACAACACUUCUUCUGAACAGCACUCGUGAACAAAAAUCGAAAACGGUCGUUUUCGGCGAGCUAGAUUUUCUUUUUUGAAGUAACUACCAGUACAAGCAUGAACAAACAAUUUGCACGAAAAGAUGUCGUGGUUUGUUUCGCGCAAAGUGGUGCGUUGUGGUUUUUAGAAAUUAUAGCAACAUUCGAGUUUUUUCGCGGAUUACAACUUCACAACAGCAGGCACCUCUCAACGACGAGAAAGAAAUAUUUCUACCCCGAAUGAAAGACUAUUCUACCCAAAUUUCCCUUCUCUUUACGACAAAGAUACAACAUAUGUUUAGCCAUGAACAAAAGUUUUUUUCGCUGAAUAGUACUUCGCAAAUAUGGAACUGGUCUUCAUUCCUCGGUGUGCUCCUUCAAAGCUGCUGCACUCCUUCCUGAAGGGUUCUUCCACUCGCCGGCGUGGACCGUUCUUGGGACGAUAAGGGUUUCGACGAAGAAGUGGUGCGACUUUAUUUGGACGUCAGCACACGCACAUAGGAAAGAAAUCGCCAAAUUACUUACACGCGCCGCCGGCACAUCACCUUCACCACCUUUUCUUUCCUUUCCAUCAUGUCGCUGGACCCGACGGCGCCGAAAUCGAGUGAGCAGCCCGCCGCACCACCCCCGGUACAGAAGAUCGCCCCGAUCUUCGGCAAAGCCGGCUCUUCCAGCGCAGCGGUGGCCGCCCAACAGCAAAGCUCGGGUUCCAAUAACGUAGCGCAACCGGCGGAGCCACGGCGUCCGCAUCACCAGCAUCAUCAUGGGCGCAAGGGAGGUGGACAUCAUCACCGGCGUAACAAGCACCACCAUGGGAACAACAACCAUGGUCACGGGCCACGUCACGGCCACGGUCACCAUCGUAACCACCACAAAACCGCUGCGCAAAAGGAGAAGGAAAAGGAGCGCGAGGAGCGACGGAAAGCGGCAAUCGAAAAACGGGAGAAGGAAGAGGCGGCCAAAUCGCUGGUGUAUUUUCAGCUCGUCGCGGAGGUGGGAUCGAAACAGUCCGGGCGGGAGCAGGUGACUUUCGAGGGGCCAGAAGUAAACAUCGAGGUGCUCCGGGAGCUGAUCGCGGAAAAAAAGAAGAUGCUAGCCGUAGAUGUGGACAUUUUGCACAAGGACGACAACCAACCGUACGGAAACCUGUUUUUUCAUCAUGUUUUGCUUCUCUAGUACAACACAUGGAAUUUUUUUAGGAAUAGCGAGUACAGUCAAGAAUUCGUUGCAAUGUAAAUACAGAACUUCUGCUGCAGCUUCGAGUGAGAUUUUUUACCGAAUGUUGAUAAAUCAAUGGAAGUAGUUUGAUUCGAUAAAGAUAUUGAUCCUCUGUUUGUGCGAUCACUGCGGCAUUAUCAUUAAGUUCUACUGACUUCCCUCUGACGAUGGAUGAUUGAAACGGGCCGUCGCUGCGGUUCCAGUCAAUCGACCCUCUCCGCGUGCGUUCUUCAUCCGCCUUCUUCUUUCAGUUUCAACUUUGUGAGAAUGAACUGAACUAAAUACUUACAAGCAACAUACUGCUCUGCUCUGUAUUUUACACUCUGCACUUUUUUGUAUACGAUGCUGCGACGUGGGAAGCCGGAUCUGGCGUUUGCUUGGGCAUACUGACCCAGCGUUCUCGUCGACGGGCAAGGAAUCAAUUGCUGCGACUACUGCCGAACCCACUGCCUCCAGGGACAAGCAAUUCGGCCGAUCAUUUUGUGACCAGCUGCUGAUCUUCCGCGUGCACAGGACCUAUUCGAACCGGGUGGCGGGAAGUAGGAGUCAGUGCGGGCUGUCACUGCAGUAUCUAAAGAAAGACAAGUGUGGUCCCCAUUCCGGCUGGAACUCUCUUUUAGUGUGGUUCUUGCAAAAAAGCCAGCUUUCCAGCUAGCUAUUCCCUAUUCCAAAAACACCAUCAGCAAACAUUUCUCAGACAGGAGCGAGCCAAAACAAGCUCUUGUCAGGGACCGGACUGCUUUCGCUUGAUUUACCGAUUCUGGUAGAAAUACUGCGAAAGUUGUUCUUAGAUCAUCAGUGGUACCAGAUCUGGCUAUCAGUCGCGGGAGCUGAUCUACAACACGAUACUGACUAUAGAUACAGUACCACGACGCACAUCCAAAGUCAGUCCAUUGUCGGUUAGUGAUCCGUGCUAUCACACUUUGGCUACACGUGAUCUGUGCUUGUACCUGGUGCUUCCUGGUCUGUGCAACUACUCGGUGGUGCAUUCGCGUGACAGGACGCCAACGCAUAGGCAUAAACGUGACAGUCGUCCGUUUCGUUGACUAGACAGCAAAUGGUGAAUCGUCCUCUCUUCUAAAAAUCGUUUCCUGUUUUGCUUGUCUUCGUAUGUCAGAUGCGAAAUCUUGUGCAUUCUUUUCACGAGGUCGUAGUGUUUUUUUGAAAAACCUACCGCAGAAAAGUACAAGAAACUACGUACAGGAUUUUUUGCAUUCGUCGCGUUGACGAUGUGGCUCUCGUUGUGAGCCGUUUGCAAUUUGCACUUAUGCACGGGAGGAGAGCCUGUAUCGCACACCGUCACGCAUCUUAAAUGAUUCGCAAAUGAACUGACUCUCUUUUUCCCUUGCCGUUGGUUUGGUGUUGACGUUUUUUGUAUUGAAGGGCGCAUGUUUAUGCACAUCUUUCACUUUCUUACACCUACUUCACGACAUUCUCACAUUUUUCAAAUUGAGCAAGAAAGCAAAAUGCAAAAAUGCUGGGUACAGGGGAAAAAUGGUUCCGCGCGUGCAGCUGACUGCCAGCGCGCUGACGGCCAGAUACGGAUCUCUGAAGAAAAAACAUCACUAUCUUCACUCCAGCAUACUAAAAGGGGAACGCAACAACUCAACCACUUGAUAUAGUCGCUGCAAUUUAAUAUUAGGGCAGGGCUCCACAACUCUUGGUCUUGGGGCCGCCCCUGCGUGCGCGUCCUCCUGCAUCGAACUGCGGCAAGAAAUCCAUCCCAUUUAUUUUGCGACACUGCCCGCCUCCCAUCCGCGAAAUGUUUGAAAACAAAACAGGUACCCCAACGACAUUAAUAUACCCUCGAAAACCUUUGUAUGGGUGAAGCGACGACCGACUUUGAAGUCCCGAAUUCAGAUCAUCGAGUCCGAGGCGGCUUCACGGGACUACAAGCCAACCCCCCAGUCGCCCUCCUCGGGCGAAGAAGAACCGAGUUUCCAGCAGGACAAGCAGUUCCUGCCCGAGCAGUGGCCCGCGGAGUUUUUGUGCCCGCGGUGCGAACAGCCGCUCGAAAAUGCGGUCUUUCAGCGCUGCUGUCGCUCCAUCGUCUGCGAGAAAUGCGGCGUCGAAGAUCCGAACGGGAACUGCCUCCUGUGCAAGGACAUGUGGGAGGGCGCGGUGCCAGACAUUAUGAUGCGAGGAGUGGUACAGAUUGUGGUUAUAUUCUUUCUUUGAUGAUGAUUUGCGUUUAUAGUCGAUACUGAUUGCCGCGCCCACAUGUUGCAUUGAUUAUCGUUCGUUGUAUGCAAUGAGAAUGAACCACGAUGAAGGAAUGAGUGUGACUUCGGAUAGGAAAAAGAGAAGCUAAAGAACAUUCGACAGAGGAUAUGAAAUGACCCAUAAUUUUUGAUCAACUUUUCCCAGCUUUCUUCCCUCCGGCGCGAGUGGUACUACCUGGCAAAAGACGGUCCGCCGCCCGAGGAGCUCGCCAUGAGCCCGGUUGACGACGAUGACGAGGAGCCCUCGCAGCCCAAGCUUCCCCUCGAGGAUCAAGCCGAGAUCAGCCCAAUAGAGAAGGACAAGAGCCCGAUGAUUUUACAAGUUGGAGAAUUCGAGGAAAAUCAACCGACAGCAGACGACCCAUUCCACAUUCCGGAACCGAUCAGCACGGGGGGUGGGAAUAAAUCACCACCGACACGGCGGCCGGGGGAGAAGGCGACCUCCGAGAACAAGGCGACUGCAUCUACAACUUCCGAACAACAGCCGCAACAACCGCAGCCGAAGCUCUCCGCGUCCGCCGCGCUCGCCGCGAAGUACGCCGCAGAGGAGGCGAAGAAGGCAGAGAGGGCGAAAAGGAAGAAGCUCCGAGCGGCCAAGUCGGACGCGCAGGCUGCUGGUGCGCUUAACGGCACAGCAGCCGGUUCGCAGGGCCCCUCGCCGGCGUUGUCCGUUAGUGUCCUGUCGGGAAGCAGCCCGCCCGUGCAGCCAUUGGUUGCGCCUCCAGGGGUGGUUGUUCCUCCUGUCACGACUCCUGCUGCUGUAGUAGUACCCGCAUCCGCGUCUUCAUCUGCGAUGGAUCAUGUUGGUGUCGUGCAGCAACAAACCACUGCUUCGUUGGCUGUCGGAAAGACCGCUGCGAGUAGUAGUUCCAGCAGCUCGAGCCCAGUCAUGUCUGCUUCUACUGGUGGACCGCAACUGCAAGCUCCUGUAAUGAAAUCAAUGAAAAAGAGGAUUGGGCUCGCGGGAGUCGGGCAAGCCGCGGUAGUGCGAAGUAGCCCGAGGGUAUCUCCUGUGCGGCCGAAGAUAUCACCGCAGAGGACCGCCGCGAUGGUGGCAGCAGGAAGUAUGCAGGAGCCGGGGACAGGCACAGGCACAGGCUCGGCCCCCGCUCUUGUGGUUGCGCCGAUAUUACAACAUCAAGGGGGUGCGGCGAGCACGGUGGGCUUAUCGAGCAGUAGCUCGGCAGUUUUAACAAGCGAAAAGCCUCCUGCUGCAGCAGUAGAAGUACCGGCACCGAGCGGAAGCGGAGCUGCGACUUCCUCUGCCAUGAAAACAAUAACUCCAUCUGAUGCAACUGUGGGCAAUAACAAAUCCUCCGCAGCACCAGAAACCACAAACGCGGACAGUACCUCGAGCGGUGAUCCUUCUUUUGCGAAAAUAGUAAACCCAACAACUGCAGCAACCUCCUUGGCCAAAACCACUACGACGAGCGCGUCCACCACCGGCGAAGCUCAAACUGCCAUGACGACCGCUGCUUCGACAACGGCAACAGGAACAGGAACAUCAGCUGCAGCUUCCUCGUCGACAGGAGCAACUGGCGCGAAGAAGGCGAAAAAGUUCCAAGUGAUCGAUGGGGUCGAGUACAUAAAAACGAACGUUGGGCUCGUGCCCAGAUCCGUGUACGAGCAGGCCUGGGCAGCGCACGGCGCCGGAAACAAGACGGCCGGAACAAAGAAGAAAAGAAAACGAGAGCCGGACGAAGCGGAUGACAAGGAAGGCGCAAAACAAAUCAAGGGGGAAUAGAAACUCUCAAUUGUAGUUUUCGGUUCGUGCUUCCGCGGACACCGACACUUUUCUCUUUUCGCGACAAAUGUCUUGUGUCAUAAGAAAAGAUACUUGGAAAGGGAAUGGGAGUCGUAGUACUUACUCCUUGGGGAUAUUAAAAAGGCCUCUCUAACCGCUCUGAAUGUACUGACCAUGCGAGCCAAGAGGCCCAGAGUUAAACACAGAUAUCAUUAU